AAGAAGAAGAGAGUGUUUCUUCAGCUACUGCUUCUUAUAGUGCCGAUAAGCCCUCAACAACAACAGACAUAUCUGCCGAGGAUCUUCUGAAAGAGGUUGAACAGCUUUUGGGACUAGAAGAAAGAGAUAUUUUACAACAGAAUGCAACUCCUAACCUGGGUAAAAUAUCAACAGCGAAAUGGAACCCUUUCCAUUCUCUUGGGCUUGCGGGACAGAUACAUUACAUGGACAUGUUACUUGGAAAUGGGCUUCACAUUGACCUUGCUGAUAAGGAUGGUAUGACUGCUCUUCACACAGCAAUUAUUGGUAAAAAGGAGGCUGUUGUUAGUCAUCUUUUAAGAAAAGGUGCAAAUCCUAACAUUAGAGAUCGGGAUGGUGCUUCCCCACUCCAUUAUGCUGUUCAAGUUGGGGCCAUGCAAACUGUGAAGAUAUUAAUUAAGUACAAUGUUGAUGUGAACGCUUCUGAUAAUUUUUUUUCACAGGAAGGAUGGACUCCGUUACAUAUUGCCAUCCAAACUAGAAAUAGAGACAUAGCAAAAGUUAUACUAGUCAAUGGAGCAGACAAGACCAGAAGAAACAAGGAUGGAAAAACACCCCUUGAUCUAGCUUUAUGUUAUGGGAAAGACUUCAAAUCUUAUGAUCUUGCCAAGUUACUGAAGCUUGUACCAGCUAACAGAUAUCUGUGAAUGGAAGUGUGCAUGCAUCCCUCAACUUGGGAAUAGAAUCCUGUUUGGGUUUGCUUUAAUUUUGAAUUAUGAUCCCAAGAGCGAUCUGAAACGGUUACCAUAAUAAAUCUCAGAGAAUCUGGACAGACCCUGGUCUAGCCAACAUCAGGACAUCUGAAGAAUUUGAUCCUCUUUUAAAUUGGUUUGAUGAAUCUUUCAUCAAUGAAAAAUGCCAUCAGUGCCAUGAAGACUCUGUUAGAGGCAUAUUCAACAAGAAAUAGAGAGCCAUGGAAGUCAAUUCACAUCUUGAAAAGCAUGUCUCUGCAAUUGCAUUUGAGAUUGCAACUGAACUAUCACAAAUAUUGGGCCUGCGCCCACACACACACAAACCCCCCCCUCCCAAUCAUCAUAUGGAGUUUCAUACAGAUAUUUAUGGCUGUCCUGUUUGGUUUUGUUGAUAAUAGCUUUAGCGCCGGAUAAAUUUUGAAAGACAUACGAAUUAUUAAUUUUAAUUUUAUUGUUGUGGUAGUCACUAUGGGAAUUUGAAGACAAGCUGGGUAAGCAGCAUGGAAGAAUUAUGCAAUCUCCUGUAUAACUGUCAAUAAAAUGAAGCCAAAAGAUACAAGGGAAAUUAUUGGUGGGUUAUAACUAAAAAACAGCUCACCAUGAGAGAUUGAAGGUGAAAUGCUUUUAAUAACAUCAACAAUUGGUACA